AUGGAGGGUGAUCUGAGCGAUGCCCAGCGGCAGGUGGCAGACCUUCAGGGCCAGUGCAGCAGCCUGGCAGACCUCCUCUCCUCCAGGCAGAAGGAGGUGGCACAGAGGGACCAACACGUCACCCAACUCAGGUCAUAAUAAAACAUAAUACAAAUAAAUGUUAUUUGACAGACGCCUUUCAGUACACUCUCGGACACCUUGCAUUAAAAGUAAUUGUAACUGCUGUGAGAUGUGCCAUGACAUCUGUGCUUUGGCAUCGUCAUGGAUACAUUUUACAUUUACAUUUACAUUUUAGUCAUUUAGCAGACGCUCUUAUCCAGAGCGACUUACAGGAGCAAUUAGGGUUAAGUGCCUUGCUCAAGGGCACAUUUACGUCAUUUAGCAGACGCUCUUAUCCAGAGCGACUACAAAUUGGUGCAUUCACCCUAUACCCUAUAUAUUUUUUUUUGGGGGGGGGGUAGAAGGAUUACUUUAUCCUAUCCCAGGUGUUCCUUAAAGAGGUGGGGUUUCAAAUGUCUCCGGAAGGUGGUGAGUGACUCCGCUGUCCUGGCGUCGUGAGGGAGCUUGUUCCACCAUUGGGGUGCCAGAGCAGCGAACAGCUUUGACUGGGCUGAGCGGGAACUAUGCUUCCGCAGAGGAAGCAUAGUAAAUGUCACAGGCAGUAUUUCCCAUGCAUUCAAUUUGGUCUGUCAAGUUGAUGUCGUUUUUGUAUACCUUUUUAAGUAUAAAGUGUACCGUGAAAUGACCCUCAAUUAAAAAAUGUCCCGUAUCAAUUUAUAAUCUUGCUAAAUUAGAUUUACUUUUAGGUGGCUUUCAUUAUCCACUACAGUCUCAGUUAAACCAGUUUAGAGUAGGGGGGGUGUGUGUGUGUGUGAGAGGCUCUAGCCGUCUCUCCACCCUCAGCCUCUGAGGCGACACACAAUUCCUCAUCUAGAACCACUUGAUAAGCUCUGCAUACCAGAUGUGCUUUGGAGAGGUAGAGUCACGGAGGGGAAAUGGUGCUGGCUUUGGCUAAGCUUUAGUCAAUAUGAUAAAAACUGUGAGAACCCAGGAGCCUUAGUGGGUAAUCUCACCUUUUUUUAACUACUCUGUGUCUUAGCGUCGUGCCACUGAGAGAUGUCAGCCAGUCACAUCCGGCUUAGGGAACGCUCUGUGUGUUAUAAGUGAUUGAAGAUGUCAUUGUACUUUAGUAAGAUUGGUAUCAUUAUGCCACAGAUUGGUCAAUAAUUAUUAAUAUUUUGAAUAUGUUUGUAUAGUAGGUAUUUGAUGUUGCUGUGUGUGUGUGUGUGUGUGUGUGUGUGUGUGUGUGUACAGGCGUGAGCUGCAGGAGUUGCAGGCCCUGUACAGACAGAGUAGUGAGCAUGCAGCAGAGCAGGCCCAGCUCAUCCAGCAACUGGAGGGGCUCAACCUAGAUACACAGAGAGUCUUACGCAACCAGGAAGAGGCUCACACUGCAGACACCACCUCUUAUCAGAAGGUAACUAACUAUACUACAUACUACCACUCUUUUCAUUUACACUACAAUACCCAGAGUCCUCUGUAACCAGGAAGAGGCUUACACAGCAGACACCACCUCUUAUCAGAAGGUAACUAACUAUACUACAUACUACCACUCUUUUCAUUUACACUACAAUACCCAGAGUCCUCUGUAACCAGGAAGAGAUUCACACUGCAGACACCACCUAACACACUCUACCCAUAACACACACUACUAACACACUCUACCCAUAACACACACUACUAACACACUCUACCCAUAGCACACACUACUAACACACUCUACCCAUAGCACACACUACUAACACACUCUACCAUAACACACACUUAACAAUCUACCUAACUACUACACCUUACCAUACACACACUACUAACACACUCUACCCAUAGACACAUACUACACACACUCUACCCAUACAACACUACUAACACACUCACCCAUACAACAUACUAACAACCACCAUAGCACACACUACUAACACACCUACCAUAGCACACAUACUAACACACUCACCAUACACACAUACUAACACACUACCCAUAGCACACACUACUAACACACUCUACCAUACACACACUCUACCAUACACACACUACUAACACACUCUACCAUAACACACCACUACUAACACACCUACCAUACACCACUACUAACACACUCUACCAUAGCACACACUACUAACACACUACCCUAACACACACUAACACACUCUACCUACACACACUACUAACCACUACAACACACACUACACACACUACCAUAACACACUACUAACACACCUAUAGCACACACUACUAAACACACUCUACCCAUAGCACACACUACUAACACACUAAACAACACACUACAACACACUACUACCAAUAAACACACUACAUAAACACUCUACCACCCCACACUACUAACACACUCUACCCAUAGCACACACUACUAACACACUCUACCAAACAACCUACCACACUUACUACAACACACACUAACCAUACCAUAGCACACUACUAACACACUCUACCCAUAGCACACACUACUAACACACCUACUACCUAUAACACACUACUACAUACACACUAUAACAUCUACCAUACACACACAACCUACCAAGCACACACUACUAACACACUUACCAUACACCAUAUAACACACACUGACCUAACACACAUCUACCAUACAACCACACUACAACACACUACUAAUCACCACUACUACACCCUACGACAACACACCUUACCCACUACCCACACACCUACUAACACAUCACCAUAAACACACACUACAACACACUCUACCCAUAACACACACUACUAACACACUCUAACCAUAGCACACAAAACACACUCACCAUACACACUCAACACAAAACACACACUACGAACACACCUACCACACUACACAACACACUACUAACACACUACCAACACACUACUAACACACACUUACCCAUAACACACACUACUAACACACUCUACCAUAACACACAACACAUUACCAUAACACACUACUACACCAUUACCUACACACACUAUAACACACUCUACCCAUAGCACACACUACUAACACACUCUACCAUACACACACAACUACUAACACCACCUACCCAUCACCAACACAACUACUAACACCACUCCAUAACCCAUAGCACACACACUACCUAACACCACUCUACCCAUACCAACCACACUACUAACACACCUACCCAUAACACAGAACACACCUACUAACACUACUAACACACUCUACCCAUAGCACACACUACUAACACACUCUACCCCAUUACCACACACUACUAACACACUCUACCCAUAGCACACACUACUAACACACUCUACCCAUAGCACACACUACUAACACACUCUACCCAUAGCACACACUACUAACACACUCUACCCAUAGCACACACUACUAACACACUCUACCCAUAGCACACACUACUAACACACUCUACCCAUAGCACACACUACUAACACACUCUACCCAUAGCACACACUACUAACACACUCUACCCAUAGCACACACUACUAACACACUCUACCCAUAGCACACACUACUAACACACUCUACCCAUAGCACACACACUAACACCACUCUACCCAUAGACACACCACUACUAACACACUCUACCCAUAGCACACACUACUAACACACUCUACCCAUAGCACACACUACUAACACACUCGACCAGAACACACAACACCUACCAAACACACUCAACCAUAACACACACUACUAACACACACAAACUCUACCAUACACACACUACAUAACACACUCUACCCAUAGCACACACUACUAACACACUCUACCAUAACACACACUACUAACACACUCUACCAUAACACACACUACUAACACUCUAACCAUAACACACACACUAAACACACAUACUAAGCACACUCUACUAACACACUCUACCCAUAGCACACACUACUAACACACCUACAACCCAUAGCACACACACUACACACACUCUACCCAUAGCACACACUACAACACACUCUACCAUAACACACACUACUAACACACCACCCAACACACUAACACAACACACCACCAUAGCACACACACUAACACACUCUACCCAUAACACACACUACAACACACUCUACCCAUAACACAACACAACACACACUACCCAUAGCACACACUACAACACACUCUACCCAUAACACACACUACAACACACUCUACCAUAACACACACUACUAACACACCCAUAACACACACUACUAACACACUCUAACCAUAACACACUCUACCCAUAGCACACACUACUAACACACUCUACCAUAACACACACUACUAACACACUCUACCCAUAGCACACACUACUAACACACUCUACCCAUAACACACACUACUAACACACUCUACCCAUAGCACACACUACUAACACACUCUACCCAUAGCACACACUACUAACACACUCUACCAUAACAACAUACUAACACACUCUACCCAUAACACACACUACUAACACACUCUACCCAUAGCACACACUACUAACACACUUACCCAUAACACACAUACUACACACACUACCCAUAACACACACUACUAACACACUCUACCCAUAGCACACACUACUAACACACUCUACCCAUAACACACACUACUAACACACUCUACCCAUAGCACACACUACUAACACACUCUACCCAUAGCACACACUACUAACACACUACCCAUAGCAUACAUUACAAUGAGGAGGCCCACAGCGCCAAUACCACCUCUUAAAAUACGGUUACUUUACCAUUAGUUCACCACACGACAUCACACUCAACCAUACACUACCACACGACAUCACACUCAACCAGUCCCCAUAACACUCUAACAUACAUGACCACAACCGACACCAGCUCCUAUCAGUAAAACCACCAUGAAAUCACUAAAAACCACAUCACUACCCGCCAAAACCAUAUCACCACCCGCCAAAACCCCACACCACCUGCCAAAACCCCACACCACCCGCCAAAACCACAUCACCACCCCCAAAAGCACAUCACCACCCCCCAAAAAUCACCCACCCACCCCCCCAAAAAAAAAAUCACAUUAACCCACCCCCCACAAGGCAAGCUGACAAUGUGUUGUCUUUACAGCGUCAUUACAGUGAGGCAGUAAACUUAUUCUCUCUUCAGAUGUUCAGUGUUGUUCCGAUCUCAUGGCUGCCAAGCCACCCAUUGUAAGCCCUGUCUGUAACAGGAGUGUCUGUGUGGGACAAAGACGACGAAAAUAAUCUGGCCAGUCAGGGGUUUUACACUUUCCACUACUCUCCCACUUUCUCCUUCACCCCCUUUUUCUUUCUCUCUCUCUCUCUCUCUCUCUCUCUCUCUCUCUCUCUCUCUCUCUCUCUUCUCUCUCUCUCUCUCUCUCUCUCUCUCUCUCUCUCUCUCUCUCUCUCUCUCUCUCUCUCUCUCUCUCUCUCUCUCUCUCUCUCUCUCCAGAUGAUCUUAGCAUCUGUCCUCUCAUCUUCUCCAUGGAAAUAGGAGAACAAUCCUUGUCACGACUCUGUCCCGCCAGCACCCGAUGUGAUGAGUGUUUCUUUUUAACUUUCCCCUCUCCUCCACUUGUGGCCACAGCUCUACAACGAGCUGAGCAUAUGUUACCAGGCGCUCAAGUCCAACGAGGGCCGGCUCUGCCAGAGUCACGUCGCCCUGACAACCCAGCUGGGCCAGAAGGAACAGCAGAUUGUGCAGCUCCAAGGUCGGCUACAGCAACAGCAGCAACAACAACAACAGACACACAAUCAGCAGCAGCCUCCACAGACCAUGGCCCCAGCCGGUCCCCUAGCCAGGCAGACCAACUCUAAACACUUUGAG